UCUUUCCCGUAGAGGUCCUAGGGAGGGGGCGGUGCAUAACAAAAAAAGAAAAAAAAGUAAUGGCCAUCUAUUUGGGUCCUGAAGAAGGAGGGAUAGCCUAAAUCUCGUCGGAGUAUCGUCGCUGUUAUUGCGUUAUUAUCAUUUUGGCACGUGCAUUUGUCUGUUGAGUGAUACCCAGUUGCGUGUUAACCGUUUCCCCCGCAGCUCGUUCGUUGCGCUCGGCUGCAGAACGGUUAAUGAGCUGGCUGAACUUGGUGCCGCGUUUUAGGGUUAAAGCAGCCAAGCUAGCCACGCUAACGUUAGCUACUACCGCGGCUGCUGUGAGAGCCAACGUCUGGAAGGGCGUACGAGUUUAACGUUUUCUCCCCGAAGUCUCCACACGUUUCUGAGUUUAGUGCCGCGCGCUCGUCUUCUCUUUCUAAGCUAACCUGCCUCUCGUCAACAUGGAGGGGACAUACUUUGCAAGAGCAUGAAGACGACGACUACGACGAACGACGACUAAAGAGGAUUAAAAACAACUCGGUCUUGAUGGGGAAAAGUUGAGCUGAGGAUUAAGAACUUGGGAAUAAUUGAAGAAGGGUUUCACGUCUUACCUAUUGUGCAAGGACAUGCUAAAGCGUCAGUGAUGGAGCCCACGGUUGUGAGUACGUCCACUGUGGCCGCUGAUGAGUUCGAUAGGAAUGUGCCACGAAUCUGUGGUGUUUGUGGCGACAAAGCCACUGGCUUCCACUUCAACGCCAUGACCUGUGAGGGCUGCAAGGGCUUUUUCAGGCGCAGUAUGAAGCGCAAGGCCACCUUCACAUGUCCCUUUAACGGCAGUUGCACCAUCACCAAGGACAACAGGCGCCACUGCCAGGCAUGCCGCCUCAAACGGUGUGUGGACAUUGGCAUGAUGAAAGAGUUCAUUCUGACAGAUGAGGAAGUGCAGAGGAAGAAGGACCUGAUUCAGCGGAGGAAGGAUGAGGAGGCACAGCGCGAAGCGGAGAAAGAGGCACGGCGACCCAGACUCACCGAAGAACAGAGUCAGAUCAUUGCCACGCUGGUGGAGGCUCACCAUAAAACAUAUGACGACUCCUAUUCUGACUUCGGCCGAUUUAGGCCCCCUGUGCGUGAGGGCCCAGUGACACGAAGCGCUAGCAGAGCUGCCUCUCUCCACUCCCUGUCUGAUGCCUCCUCUGAUUCUUUCAGUCACUCUCCAGAGUCAGUUGACACCAAAAUGACUUUCAACAACCUGCUGAUGAUGUACCAGGAUCAGGGCAGCAGUCCUGACUCCAGUGAAGAAGAAGGCUCUAGCUUUUCUAUGCUGCCCCAUCUGGCUGACCUGGUCUCCUAUAGUAUUCAGAAGGUCAUCGGCUUUGCCAAGAUGAUUCCCGGUUUCAGAGAGCUGACUGCAGAGGACCAGAUUGCUCUGCUCAAGUCCAGUGCCAUUGAGGUGAUCAUGCUGCGUUCAAAUCAAAGCUUCAACCUGGAAGACAUGUCCUGGAGCUGUGGUGGACCUGACUUUAAAUAUCAGAUCAGUGACGUCACCAAAGCGGGACACACUCUGGAGCUGUUGGAGCCGCUGGUAAAGUUCCAGGUGGGACUGAAGAAGCUCAACCUGCAAGAGGAGGAGCACGUGCUGCUGAUGGCCAUCUGUCUGCUUUCUCCAGACCGCCCAAGUGUGCAGGAUCAUGCACGGAUCGAAGCUCUGCAAGACCGACUGUCGGAGACUCUGCAAGCCUACAUCAGGCUUCACCACCCGGGAGGGAGGCUGCUCUACGCCAAGAUGAUCCAAAAGCUGGCCGACCUGCGAAGUCUUAACGAGGAGCACUCCAAACAGUACCGCUCACUGUCCUUUCAGCCGGAGCACAGCAUGCAGCUCACUCCACUGGUGCUGGAGGUGUUUGGCAGUGAAGUCUCCUAGAAGCAAUCUCCGAACCUCAGUUGGUCGGGGAGGAAGCUGGCGGCAAGACCCCAGUAGGUAGAGAAAAACAGAGAGAGGGGAGCUGAGAAUGUCCUGGUUGGACUAGAUGCAGGUGUGGUGUAUGAAGCAAAUGAAAAAGAGAAAGUAAA